ACAAUGUGAGCGUGAGUUGGCGUCCGAGUCACCUUUCUCCUCUCGCGUCCGCGUUCUGUUCUCCAGUCUGCGCUAUGGCCCGCCACGCGCUUCACCUGUGGCUGCUGUGCCUCGCAGCCGUGAUCUUUGGUCUCUCUUCUGCCGGCAAGCUGAACGAGACGUUCCGUUGGCGGCAGCUGGACUUCGACUUCCCGUCGGACGCCGAGCGCUCGGCGGCCAUGGCGACCAAGCGCUUCCGGCCCUCCGACAAUGUGCCGGUGGGCGUCGAGGUGUGGGGAGAGCGCGUCUUCGUCACGGUGCCGCGCUGGAAGGCCGGCGUUCCCGCCUCGCUCGCCUACGUCCGGAGAGACGACCCGACGGACAACCCGAAGCUGCGGCCGUACCCUGACUGGUCGUGGCACGACCUGUCGCUGCUGGAGGGCGCCAACGCGUCCGCCGAGGCGCCGGUCAUCGUGUCGCCGUUCCGCGUGCGCGCUGACGAGUGCGGCCGGCUGUGGGUGCUGGACACCGGCAUCGCAGACAUCCUGGGCGGAGCCGCCACCAGGGUGCUGCGGCCGCCCGCGCUGCUCGUCUUCGACCUCAACACCGACACCUUCAUCCGGCAGAUCACCUUCCCAAAAGAGGUGGUGAAGGAGGACUCGCUGUUCGCGAACGUGGCCGUGGAGGUGGCGCCCGCGCUCUCCGGCGGCUACGACUGCGAGGCGACCUUCGCCUACGCGGCCGACCUGGGAGCCUACGGACUCGUCGUGCACGACUGGGCGCGUCAGACCACCUGGCGCGUCUCCCACAACUACUUCCACUCAGACCCGCUGGCCGGAGAGUACAGCGUGCUGGGCACGGAGUUCCAGUGGACGGACGGGCUGUUCGGGCUGGCGCUGUCGGCGCCGGACCUGCGCGGCCACCGCACGCUCUACUUCCACCCCUUCUCCAGCACUAACGAGUUCAGCGUGCCGACGCGCGUGCUGCACGAGCCGGGUGCGGCCCACCUGCACUUCCACGACUUCAAGCUGCUGGGCUCCCGCGGGCCGAGCACCCAGUCCUGCGCCUCCUUCAUGGACGAGGAGUCCGGCGUGCUCUUCUACUCUCUGGUGAAUAAGAACGCAUUGGGCUGUUGGAACUCGAAGCUGCAUCCGAAGACCUACACGCCGGAGACGCAGGGCAUGGUGGGCCAGGACAACGUGACCAUGGUGUUCCCCAACGACAUGAAGGUGGACGCCAACGGCACCCUGUGGGUGCUGACCGACCGCAUGCCGCUCUUCCUGUACUCGGAGCUGGACCCGGUCGAGGUGAACUUCCGCGUGCUGUCGGCGCCGGUGGAGGCGGCCGUGGCGGGCACCGCCUGCUCCGCCGCCGCGCCGCCCCCGCCGUCCGCCGCCCCCGCGCCCGCCCCCGCACUCUGGGCGCCGCUGGCGGCCGUCGCGACGCUGCUGGCAACCUCGGCCGCUGCUGCCGCGUGAGCGCCGGCGCCGGCGUCGCCGUGCCCCAGCAGCCGCUGAGGUCGAAACCGCAGUGGCAGCUUCCGUCGCCCGCUCAAUGAAACAGUUUCCUAAUCGCGAAGCACAGACUGUCUUUCCAAAACCCGAAUCAUAUUUCAGUACGGAAACUCUUCCCCAGUGUUAUAAGUGAUUGCAUCCCGCAUGAAACUGUCAGUUUUACUUUACUUCUGUUAUUGUACAAUUUCGGCUUUGGAACAUUUUUUAAGUAUCCUGAUAAAAAGAACUGAUAAUAAUGUAGUGUCUCAAAAAUUAUUUAAAAUUUAAACACAGUGACAGACAAGAUCAUAAAAUAUGCCACUAUUAAUAAAAACUUACUGGACAUUUUAAGAAUGGAAACGGAAAACUUUCCAAGUGUCAAAACUGACAUUUAUCAGAACGAAAAGUCCAUGUGUCUCUGUUUGUACAUAACAGGUUUGUAUCCAAAAAAAAUGAGAAGGUAUUCUGAAAACACAGAAUUAUGCACUGCUCGCCGCAUCACCGCAAAAAAGAGACAAAUUAGAAAAUAAAUACUUUAUUAACAA